UGAGGGAAGGAAACAAGAGAAACAGAGAUUUCAAAGACAACAAAACCAUUCAAAAUAAAUAAGAAAAAUCAGAGCUUUCAAAGAGAAACACAAGCAGUGAGAGGAAGGAGCGAAGGAAGGUCAGAGGAACAAUGAUAGAACGGAGGCGGAGCGCCGGCAGAACAGGGCCACAAAGGUGUGCAAUGUGAGAAAGUGAAAGAAAAUAGUGAAUACCGUGUUUAAGUUUGGAGGAAAUGAACUUGAGUUGAUUUUCUAUAUUCUGGAAAUGCCCCCAAACACACCGAACGUACCCGAAUUUUUAUUUUUGGUAAACACAUUCUGGUACGCACCCAUAGCGUACUCAACGCGUACCCGUACCCGGUGCAGUCGUCACACAUUCAACAAGUUUCAAGAACACUGAAUCUUUGUAUGUGCAAGAGCAGAGGGUGAGACUUCAAUUUUCUGGUUAUAAUAUUACAUAAAAGGGCAGCAAUUGAGCUUUGAUUCGUUGAGGAGAGACCCUGCAAAUUGUUCCAGCUUCUAAAGACUCCAAGAUAUACAUCAAUGGGUUGGUUACAAGUGCAAUUUAUAUGUGCAUUUCUUGCUGGAAGCAUAUUCUUCAAUGCCUUAUCUUAUUCUGGUAAAGCUCCAAAUUAUUCAUUUGUGAAAGAAGCAACAUCUGCUCCACCAAUCUUAUCUUAUGACUACAUAGUAAUUGGUGGAGGAUCAUGUGGGUGUCCACUAGCAGCAACUCUCUCACAAGGUGCAAGAGUUUUGCUCCUUGAGAGAGGAUGCUCUCCUUACACAAACCCAGAGAAAAUUGACAUGAAGAACUAUGUCAAUUCACUCUCUGACAUGACUCCUUCAUCAUUUGCCCAGCAAUUCAUAUCCAAGGAUGGGGUCCUCAAUGCCAGGGCUAAGGUUCUUGGUGGUGGCUCUGUCUUGAAUGCAGGGUUCUACUCAAGGGCUAGCUCCAGCUACAUAAGAGAUGCUGGUUGGAAUGAAAGUUUGGCUAAGAACUCAUAUGAAUGGGUGGAAAAGAAAGUGGUUUUUGAGCCUCCAAUGCUGCAAUGGCAAUCAGCAGUGAGGGAUGGGUUGUUGGAAGUAGGGGUGUUGCCUAAUAAUGGUUAUAGUUUUGAUCACUUGAAUGGGACUAAAGUUGGAGGUUCAAUUUUUGAUAAGGAGGGUCACAGACACACUGCAGCUGAUUUGUUGGAGUAUGCUGAUCCAAGGAGGAUUUCUGUUUAUCUGCAUGCCACAGUGCAUAAGAUACUAUUUAGGUUUAAUGAAGAGAAAAAGAGGCCACAAGCAUAUGGAGUGAUUUUCAAAGAUUCAUUUGGAAACAAACACAGGGCAUUUCUAAGUAUGAAGGCCAAGAAUGAGAUAAUCUUAUCAGCUGGUGCAAUUGGAAGCCCACAGCUGCUGAUGCUGAGUGGAAUUGGGCCUGCUAGCCAUCUUCAGGCCCAUGGAAUCAAAGUGGUUUUGGAUCAGCCUCUGGUGGGUCAAGGAAUGGCAGAUAACCCAAUGAAUGUUCUUAUGGUUCCUUCCCCUGUACCUGUUGAGGUGUCUCUCAUCCAAACAGUGGGCAUCACCAAGUCUGGUAGCUUCAUUGAAACAGCAAGUGCAUUGAGCAUAGGCCAUUCUUGGCCUGAAAGGCUUCAAGGAAUUUUUGACUUUGUGUCAAACCAGACUAGUGAACACUCCAUGUUUCCUCAAGAAAUCAUGAACAGUAUUGCUGACACCAUUGUAUCUUUAGUCAAUCCAACUCUCAAAGGAGGAGUCAUCCUUGAAAAGAUCAUGGGACCAAAAUCCACUGGUCACUUGGAGCUCCUUACCACUGAUCCCAAUGAUAACCCAUCAGUUACCUUUAACUAUUUUAAGGACCCUGAAGACUUGAAAAUGUGUGUGGAAGGCAUGAAAACCAUCAUAGAUGUGAUAAACUCAAAGGCAUUCUCAAGGUUCCGCUAUAAAACCAUGCCAAUCCAAACUCUAAUAAACUUGAUGUUGCAAUUGCAUGUGAACUUGAGGCCAAAACAUGCUAGUGCUGCAUUUUCUUUGGAACAGUAUUGCAUAGACACUGUCCUCACAAUUUGGCAUUACCAUGGAGGGUGCCAAUCUGGUAAGGUUGUUGAUCAUAAUUAUAAGGUUAUUGGUGUAGAAGCUCUGAGAGUGAUUGAUGGGUCCACUUUUUAUGGCUCACCUGGGACUAACCCUCAAGCUACUGUUAUGAUGCUUGGAAGGUACAUGGGAGAAAAGAUUAUACAGAAAAGAUUCCAUCAGGGGAGGAAGUGAACUAGUGAAGUGAUCAAUUGAGACCGCAUUUUUACUUGUUCCAUCUUUUUUAUGUGUAAUAGCUGAGUAGUUACUAAACGUUUUCUCCAGAAUACUGUCUGAUUAUAGUAAUCAACUCACAUGGUUUUCUUUGUA